AUGUACAACAUGAUGCCUUCUAGCUUCCCGCAGUACGUGACGGAGGUGAUAACCGGGCCGAUGCCGGACCCGCCGGGGGUGAAGCUGAAGAAAGAGGGCUUAGAGGCUAAGCAUCCAGUGGUUUUCGUGCCCGGGAUUGUGACCGGAGGGCUCGAGCUGUGGGAGGGGCAUCAGUGUGCCGAGGGCCUUUUCAGAAAGAGGCUUUGGGGAGGCACGUUUGGCGAAGUUUACAAGAGACCUCUAUGUUGGGUAGAUCAUAUGUCACUGGAUAACGAAACCGGCUUGGAUCCUGCUGGUGUAAGAGUCAGGCCAGUCACUGGUCUUGUCGCUGCAGAUUACUUUGCUCCAGGAUAUUUUGUCUGGGCUGUUCUAAUUGCUAAUCUCGCAAGGAUUGGAUAUGAAGAGAAAAACAUGUACAUGGCUGCAUAUGAUUGGAGGCUUUCAUUCCAGAACACCGAGGUGCGUGACCAGACACUGAGCAGAAUAAAAAGUAAUAUUGAACUUCUGGUUGCUACCAAUGGCGGGAACAAGGCAGUAAUUAUUCCCCAUUCCAUGGGUGUUCUGUACUUUUUGCAUUUCAUGAAGUGGGUCGAGGCACCUGCUCCAAUGGGUGGAGGGGGUGGACCAGAUUGGUGUGCCAAACAUAUUAAGGCUGUAAUGAACAUUGGCGGGCCCUUUCUAGGUGUUCCGAAAGCUAUUUCUGGGCUUUUCUCUGCAGAAGCUAGAGAUAUUGCUGUUGCCAGGGCCAUGGCUCCGGGUGUUCUGGAUAAGGAUUUGUUUAGAAUCCAAACACUACAGCACAUAAUGAAAAUGACCAGAACAUGGGAUUCAACAAUGUCAAUGAUACCUAAAGGCGGAGAUACCAUUUGGGGUGAUCUUGACUGGGCACCCGAAGAAGGCUAUGUUCCAAGUAAAAGAAAGCAAAGUACCAACAAGACUGAGAACUCAGUACAUACUGAAGAUGGGAAUAUUGAAUCCGAAGCAAAACUUGUUCAUUAUGGAAGAAUUAUAUCAUUUGGAAAAGACACAGCGGAGGCAGAUUCUUCUAAGAUCCAGCGGAUUGAUUUUAGGGAUGCUGUGAAAGGUAACAAUGUUGCAAAUAACACCUGUCGUGAUGUGUGGACAGAAUACCAUGACAUGGGUAUCAGUGGCAUAACAGCAGUAGCUGAGUACAAAGUUUAUACUGCUGGAGAUCUUUUGGAUCUGCUUAAUUACGUUGCCCCUAAACUGAUGCAACGCGGUAGUGCUCACUUUUCGUAUGGGAUAGCUGAUGAUUUGGACGACCCCAAGUAUGAACAUUAUAAAUAUUGGUCAAAUCCAUUGGAAACGAGGCUACCUAAUGCUCCCGGCAUGGAAAUUUUCUCCAUGUAUGGAGUCGGGAUCCCAACCGAGAGAGCUUAUGUUUACAAACAGAUCCCGGCCGCCGAUUGCUACAUCCCGUUUCAGAUAGAUACGUCUGCCGAAGGAGAAGGCGAGGACGGGUGUCUAAAUGAUGGUGUUUUCACUGUCGACGGGGAUGAGACCGUGCCCGUUUUGAGCGCCGGAUUCAUGUGCGCGAAAGGGUGGCGCGGGAAAACCCGUUUCAACCCCUCGGGGAUUAAGACCCAUGUGAGGGAGUACGACCACGCCCCACCAGCAACAUUGCUCGAGGGGCGCGGGACACAGAGUGGGGCCCACGUGGAUAUAAUGGGGAAUUUUGCGUUGAUCGAGGAUAUCAUGAGGGUCGCUGCAGGUGCCACGGGGGAGGAUUUGGGAGGCGACCGUGUUUAUUCGGACAUCUUCAAGUGGUCGGAGAAUAUCGAUUUGCCUCUGUAA